GAAUGUCCAAGGACGUCAAUUCUUUCAUCAGAUUCUGGCGAACAGAAUGUCCCAGGACAUCAAUUUUUUCAUCAGAUUCUGGCGAACAGAAAGUCCCAGGACAUCAAUUCUUUCAUCAGAUUAAUGUCCCAGGACAUCAAUUCUUUCAUCAGAUUGUGUCUAGCUGGCGAACAGUAUGUCCCAGGACUUCAAUUUUUUCAUCAGAUUCCGUCGAACAGAAUGUCCCAGGACAUCAAUUCUUUCAUCAGAUUUUUUAUGCGUCUAGCUGGCGAACAGAAUAUCCCAGGACAUCAAUUCUGUCAUCAGAUUGUGUCUAGCGGGCGAACAAAAUGUCACAGGACAUCAAUUCUUUCAUCAAAUUCCGUCGAACAGAAUGUCCCAGGACAUCAAGUCUUUCAUCAGAUUAAUGUCCCAGGACAUCAAUUCUUUCAUCAGAUUCACCACCCAAAAUACGAAUACAAAUAUGGUGUCGAGGACCACCACACCCAUGACAUGAAAUCUGCCGAAGAGGAACGCAACGGAGAUGUGGUUAAGGGAUGGUACAAAUUGGAGCAGCCAGAUGGCAGAACCCGUAUGGUUCAUUACACCGCUGACAAACACAAUGGUUUCAAUGCUGAUGUCAAAUAUUCUGGUCAUGCUGACCAUCCUCAUCAUUAUUAA